AUGGGAGUCCUGUCGCAAGGGGCGGGGAGGACGGUAGUACACUCCCAUGGGGAUCCACAAGGACCGUCCGUCUUCCCAGGUCCAAAUGCCUCCCGCUCCAACGAACACCUCGACGAUGACGAUGACUAUGAUUACGAUUACGACAGCGCUUCAGAUGUCAGUUUCGCAACUACACCUGCACUAACACACGACGAUGGUACCGCAUCACUCGAGAGCCGCAGCGUUCGGAGCGCGAGCCCGGCACGGAGUGUGUACUCGCUUACGAGCAGCUUGAGGGAGCGGGCGUUCAGAGAGGUCCAUGGGAGGAGCGUCAAUGCGCAUAGUGACGUGUACCUACUGCCCGCAGAUGACGAGGAGACAACCCGUCUUGAUGCCCAACAUCAUAUGCUCAAGCGGUUGGUGCCGGGUAUCCUUGGCCCUAUCGACGAAGUGCUGGCCGACGAGCCCGGAAAGCAAAAGUGUGUCCUCGACCUCGGCACGGGCAGCGCUAUUUGGGCGAUCGAAGUUGCAAACGACUACCCGCACGUGGAGGUCGUAGGCGUGGACUUGGCCCCGAUGCAGAGUCGAGAGUUCCCGCCAAAUUGUAGAGUCGAAGUGGAUGACAUCAACUUGGGAAUGCCGCAUUUUUAUGGGCAGUUUGAUCUUGUUCAUGCGAGACUUAUCUCCUCUGGCAUCAAAGACUAUUGCGGUCUGAUUCACGAGAUUGCCCGCGUACUUCGGCCAGGCGGUAUGGUCCUCAUCGAAGAAUGGGAUUUCCGAAUGUACCGUUCUGUGAACGGGCAAGACGGGCCUACUGCAUGCUACGAGCUCGCCCCUCCCAGCACAGAAGAAAAGCCGGCCUGGUCCGCGCUGGCAGAAUGGCUGAACUUGCUUGGCAAAGCUGUCAGGCAGAGAGGGGGCGAUCUGGAUGCGGCAGCAUUUGUGAACGCGUGGGUGAAGCAGCAUGGACAGUUUGAGGAUGUCGGCGCCCAGGACGUGUGGAUCGCGAGUCAGCCGCAUUUCACGGGUGAACCCCUCCAUCGUUGGGCACGUUUUCGGAACGAAUGCGCGGUGUUGAUGCGCGCGGAUUCGAAACUCUUCUUGAGGGCUGGCGUACCUCUCCUACGGUCGUACACGGACGAUCACGCGUAUGUGGAUGAGCUCAUCCGGCAAGCGGAGGGGGAGAUGGAUGAUUGCGUAAAGCAUCAGUAUUGCAGAGUGCAAUGCACGUGGGCCAGGCUGAAGCAGCCCGAUAAUUGA